CCCCGCCGCCCCGCUUCGCCCGAGCGCUCCGGCGGCGGCGCGGACCGCGUGCUCCGGCGCUGCCUCACUCCGCCGCCGCGAUCGCGGGGGGCUCCGCUCGGCAGCACCAGCCUCGCUCUUCGCAGGGCGCCCCGCCCCACGACCGGGGACCCCCCCCGCCACCCCCAGGCAGCGGCAGCAGCAGCAUGGCUUGUGGAGUUACGGCGAUGCCGGCUGGACGGAGCUGAACGGCCGCCCCCCGGGGCGGGGGAGCCGCGGCGGAGGCACCGCUCGCACUUCGCAUGUCCGCGGCGCCCGGGAAGUCGGAUGUGUACGGCCUUCUCCCCCCUCCUCCUCUCCUCCAUGGCCGUCGUGCUCCGGCUUCUCGGCCUCUCCGGGAGCGCUCCGUGGCCGGCGGGCAGCAGCGCACGUCGCGAUCGCCGUAGCGAGGCACGGCGCGGCUGGCUCCAGUGACCGCGCCCCAGCCCUGCCAUGUACCCCCAGGGCCGGCACCCGGCUCCGCACCAGCCGGGCCAGCCGGGCUUCAAAUUCACCGUGGCCGAAUCCUGCGACCGGAUCAAGGACGAGUUCCAGUUCCUGCAAGCCCAGUACCACAGCCUGAAAGUGGAGUAUGAUAAGCUGGCGAACGAGAAGACAGAAAUGCAGCGCCAUUACGUUAUGUACUAUGAAAUGUCGUAUGGUUUGAAUAUUGAAAUGCACAAACAGACAGAAAUUGCUAAAAGACUGAAUACGAUUUUAGCCCAGAUCAUGCCUUUUCUGUCACAAGAGCACCAACAGCAAGUCGCACAGGCUGUUGAGCGUGCCAAGCAAGUGACAAUGACGGAGUUGAAUGCUAUCAUCGGGGUACGUGGACUUCCCAAUCUGCCUCUCACCCAGCAGCAGCUCCAGGCUCAGCACCUCUCCCACGCCGCCCAUGGACCCCCGGUCCAGCUGCCGCCGCACCCCUCGGGCCUCCAGCCGCCGGGCAUCCCGCCGGUCACCGGCAGCAGCUCAGGGCUGCUGGCUCUCGGUGCCCUGGGGAGCCAGGCACACCUCGCCGUCAAGGAUGAGAAAAACCAUCACGACCUGGACCACAGAGAGCGAGACUCAAGUGCAAAUAACUCUGUUUCACCCUCGGAGAGCCUGAGAGCCAGCGAGAAGCACCGGAGCUCCACGGACUACAGCAUUGACUCCAAGAAGCGGAAAGCGGAGGAGAAGGACAGCAUGAGCCGAUAUGACAGCGAUGGUGACAAGAGCGAUGACCUGGUGGUCGACGUCUCCAAUGAGGACCCCGCCACCCCCCGGGUCAGCCCAGCCCACUCCCCCCCGGAGAACGGCAUAGACAAAGCCCGUGGGCUGAAGAAGGGGGACGCACCAAACAGCCCGGCCUCGGUCGCCUCCUCCAGCAGCACUCCCUCCUCCAAGACUAAAGACCUGGGCCACAAUGACAAAUCAUCGACGCCCGGGCUCAAGUCGAACACUCCGACGCCGAGGAAUGAUGCUCCGACCCCAGGGACGAGCAGCACCCCGGGGCUGCGGCCGAUGCCCGGCAAGCCAACUGGCAUGGACCCCCUGGCCUCGGCCCUGCGGACGCCCAUCUCCAUUGCGGGCUCCUAUGCGGCUCCCUUCGCCAUGAUGGGGCACCACGAGAUGAACGGCUCGCUCACCAGCCCCGGCGCCUACGCGGGGCUCCACAACAUCCCCCCGCAGAUGAGUGCCGCUGCCGCCGCCGCCGCUGCCUAUGGCCGGUCGCCAAUGGUGAGCUUUGGAGCUGUUGGUUUCGACCCGCACCCGCCCAUGAGAGCUCCCGGUCUGCCCUCGAGCCUGGCGUCCAUCCCUGGAGGGAAGCCAGCCUACUCCUUCCACGUGAGCGCCGACGGGCAGAUGCAGCCGGUCCCCUUUCCCCACGAUGCCCUGGCGGGUCCCGGCAUCCCACGGCACGCCCGGCAGAUCAACACGCUGAGCCACGGGGAGGUGGUGUGUGCCGUCACCAUCAGCAACCCCACCAGGCACGUCUACACUGGGGGCAAGGGGUGCGUGAAGAUCUGGGAUAUCAGCCAGCCGGGCAGCAAGAGCCCCAUCUCCCAGCUGGACUGCCUGAACAGAGAUAACUACAUCCGCUCCUGCAAACUCCUCCCCGACGGCCGCACGCUGAUCGUGGGAGGGGAGGCGAGCACGCUCACCAUCUGGGACCUGGCUUCCCCCACGCCCCGCAUCAAGGCCGAGCUGACCUCCUCCGCCCCCGCCUGCUACGCCCUGGCCAUCAGCCCCGACGCCAAAGUCUGCUUCUCCUGCUGCAGCGACGGCAACAUCGCCGUCUGGGACCUGCACAACCAGACACUUGUCAGGCAAUUCCAAGGCCACACAGAUGGUGCCAGCUGCAUAGAUAUCUCGCAUGACGGUACAAAGUUGUGGACAGGGGGUCUGGACAACACAGUGCGCUCCUGGGACCUGCGGGAAGGGAGGCAGCUCCAGCAGCACGACUUUACCUCCCAGAUCUUCUCGCUGGGAUACUGCCCGACGGGCGAGUGGCUCGCGGUGGGAAUGGAGAGCAGCAACGUGGAAGUGCUGCACCACACGAAACCUGACAAGUACCAGCUGCACCUCCACGAGAGCUGCGUCCUCUCCCUCAAGUUUGCCUACUGUGGUAAAUGGUUUGUGAGUACUGGAAAAGACAACCUGCUCAAUGCCUGGAGGACGCCCUACGGAGCGAGCAUCUUCCAGUCCAAGGAAUCCUCGUCCGUCUUAAGUUGUGACAUUUCAGCGGAUGACAAGUACAUAGUCACAGGCUCUGGUGACAAGAAGGCCACAGUCUACGAGGUCAUCUACUAACCGCGGAUUUUAUAGCAGGGCUGGCAACUCCCAGCACCGGUGGUGGCAGGACUCGGGCGGCCGGCGGGGAGUGGCCGGGGGCUCGGGGUGGCUGCUGUGGGGCGGCCCCCGGGGCUUGGCUACGUACCGGCACGCUCCGGUGGGGCUCUGCCUCGAGGGCCCGGCGUACAAUACACACGGAUUUAUUUGGAGGUCUGCAAAUAUGGCACACAUUGAAGCCCUAAACAAAUUUUUGUUUGGUUUUAGGGUUUUGGGUUUUAUUUUGAUUUUUUUUUUUUUUUUUUUUUUUUUUUUUUGGUUUUCUGGUUCUUUCCGUCUGCGCUUUGGUGGCACUAUAAAGGACUUAUUUUUUAUUGUGACUUUUUUUUUGUGCAUCCUGCAUAAGACUUGUGAAAAAUGUAAAUAAUGGACUAGUAAAUAGCAUUGGAAGGGUGGGGGACCCCUCCCGGUACACUAGUUGUGUAUUUUUCGUCUGCUGUAAUUGUAUUCCACUGAUGGUUUUGGUGGUGGCAAUUUUUUUUUUUUUUUUCCUUACCCUCCCCCGAAGCGUCCGUUGGGACGUGACUUUGCCGUGCAGCGCGUAACCAGGCUGAGCAAAGGUGUCCACUGGUGAAAGUUGUUCCUACUGUCGUACCCGUGCGUUGUUCGGUGUGUUAGUGAUGGUGGGACGCUGCUGGGACCGCAGGGAACUCGGUCAGAUCCUCAGCUACUGACGGGACAUCAGCAACACAAUCACCUUUUUUUAUAUAUGGAUUUUUUUGUGCUCGUAUGUUUGAAGAAAAGGGGAAGCCCACGCUGCGGGAUCGUCUGCGCAAGCCCUUCUUGGUCUUCGGACAGAAGCAAUGAGGAGUGAUUUCAAAGAAAGCAUAGUAAAUUCAGCUCAGGGAGCCACGAAAGAUAAUAGCAACUUAUGUGUUUUGUAUUCAAAUGAAAGUAAAGAAUUAGAAUUGAUAACCUUUAAAAUACAGUUUUUUUAAAAGCAAAGUUUACUAACAAGUAGGGUUUGUGUGUGGUGGGGGGAAGGGGCUGGCUUUGGUAGGGUCCUGUGGGCUAUAUAUGGUCUUGUGUCUUCUGGUAUAUAGGUUCCGAUGAAGCAAACCCCCUCCCCGCACAGGCCUGCGUUUCAGCGUUUUGUACUAAAGGGGAAAAAAAGAAAAAAAAAGAAAAAAAAAAAGACAUAAUGGGAAAUAAAAGUAUUUGUGUAGCAGAAGCGCUCACCCUGUAUUGUAGCAUAUGGAAGAGAAUUUUUAUACUACAUUUUUAUGGAUUAUUUUUUAAUUUUUGAUUUUAAUCUGGUCAAAAAUAAUAAUGCUUAGGGUUCAGGUGAGAACUGCCUGGUUUACAGAUGGGGGAGAGGAGGAUGAAGCAGAGGUGGUCGGUACCUGGCUGUUCUGGGGUGCGCGGUCAGCAUUCCAUCCCUCUGAGCAGCUGCUCUGGAGUGGGGAGAGACGAGUUGGGGUUGGAAGGAGAUCUCAUGGGAAAUGAUUUUUUUUUUCCCAUCAAAAUAAGAGGUUUUUGAGAUUUUUGCCCUUUUCUGUUCGAAAGAAAAAUUAAGGGGGAUGUCCCAGGCAAAUGCUGUCUGCUCUGUGCGGCUCGUUAGUGCUCACUGCUUGCUGCCUUGGCCAGGGAGGAGAUGGGAUCGAUCUUGUGCACUAAUUAUCCAGCGAAGGAAAAAGCAAGCUCUUUAAAACUGCAUUUAGGGAGAGUGGUUCUGAGGGCGGUUUGGCUCAGAAAAGUGACUCUGAAAAUGCCCCUGGUGCCAGUGGACCCAUGCAGGCGCCUGCUGGGGCGUUCAGUGAUGCCCUGUGUGUGUUUUGGGGCUCGUCCCUGGGGCUGGUGCAGAUCUGCGCAGGGGCAGCUCUGCCCGUCCCCCUGCGCCCCCAGACCUGGGCGCUUGGAGCAUCCCCCCCUCUUUGGAUUGAUGGGGGGGUGCCUUGGAAAGGGCUGGGGGGCUUUGAACUGUCCCCAUGGCAAACUCCUCCAGCAGUAAGGUCACCCCCAGAUCAUGUCCCGCAUGGUCACUGGUUUGCAAGUCGGUGCUUCGUUUUCCCCCCCCCCCCCCAAAAAAAAAAAAAAAAAGGAACUGCAUGUACCGGAGCUGGCAGAGGGUUACCGAGUCAGACUUCUCAACUUUACACCAAAGUAUGUAGCAGAAUAUGUACAGCUGUUAAUAACUACAACUGGUUUUUGUAAAAAAGGGAGAAAAAAAGAAAAAAAAAAGAAUAAAAAGCAAAUGUAAUGAA